UUGGGAACUGUCUUGACUUUUGGUUGUCGUCUGCACUUCCGUUCCGCUUGGGUAUUAACUGUUGUAUAAAGGAACAGAUGAGCAAGUGUUGCCAGCGAUAGGAACUGCGAGAGUUGAGAACGAGGCUACGAAGGAGAAUUUUGAGCCGCGAUGACUCAAAGUAGUUAAAAGACGUUAUUGCUGUUGUGAUGACGGUGCGAGUGUAUGAGCUUCCUUGACUUUGCUAGCCGAUUCCGUUGGGCAGUUGGAAUCCGACGUUGGCCGUGUUAGUUAGUCUACGCGUUUGGAAAGUGGAGUCCGGUUGUGGUGCUUCUCUGCUCAGCUUUCCUAGUGUGGGUUCAACAGUUUCGAACUCAAGGACAUCCUGUCUGAUUCUGUAAGCCUUGCAAGCGAACCCGAAAGGAUGGGGCAAUAGGGGAGCGUUUGGCUUUAGAAAGGUGCAUUGUAAACUUGGAGCUUAUUUCGCGGUGCAGUGGUGUUGUCAUGGUCGUUGGUGCAGUACACUCUUGUAUAAUCCAGUGCUGCGGCAAAAGUGGUCUUAUGUAAGAGCAGUGUUGAAGAGAGCUCCCAGAAGUGCAUUCUCCAGCGAAUCCUGGUCGGUUCUUAGUAAUUCAGUGGACUCUCCAGAUCAGUCGCUCAAUGGAUUGAUCGUGCUACCUUGCAGCAGUAGCAAUUAAUGACGUAGUGAGGUAGUGAUCAGUGGUCUGUAGUCAGUGGUAUCAAAGUUGUGUAACCGGUGUAUUCAGCAGUGAUUUAACCAUAUUUGAUUAUUUUUAGUGGGCUUAGUGUGCAAGCUUCUGUACGUGAUCGUGAUUAGAUAGUGCAUUUUUACUUCUUCCUUGAAGAUUCCGCAGCUGACACUAGUGUGCGCUUAGUGCUUUUAGAUUUAUCCAAGUGUUUAGAGAGGAACCGUAAUUGAUAAGCAUGAAGAUGAUACGACGCUUACUAGCCCUCUGGAUCGUGCUGAUUGCGGCGAAUUUGAAGUCCUUCGUCGAAGGAAAUCAGUCGCUGUUGGAUAAAAUACGCGAUGAUCCCGAUUUAUCACAGUUUUACGCGUACCUGGAAGUGAACGAAGUCGCAAAGUCAGCGCUCCAGUUUCGCUCGGUAACAUUGUUCGUGCCAACGAAUCAGGCUUUCCAGAGAUUCAUGCCUAAUAAAACAUACGUGCAAUAUCAUAUGUCAACCGUGGCAACAACCCUCGAGCAGCUGGGACCGACCAUCCUUUCUGACUUGGAUGGAAACCCGCCUUUGUAUGUAACGAAAAAACGGGACCAAAGCGGUGAACAUAUUUACAUCAAUGACGCUCUCAUCCUGAAAUCGCGUUCAAAUAUUCAAACGGUCAACCAGAACGGCAAAAAACAGGUCAUGCAUGUAAUAGACGGGAUACUAGUGCCACUUACCCUCAAUCCUUCAUCGUCAUUGGAUAUUUACAAUCCAGACGCUUUCCAAUUUCUUACACAUUCUGACAGCUUGGAAAUUGGACCACAUCGGGUCAGGUCGUAUCGCCAGCGUGUAAUCAUGAUGAAAAAGGAGUACGUUUACCAAGCCGUAGGUGGGCAUACGUUCCUGAUACCAGUCGAGGAAGGAUUCAAACCAUCACCACGUCCUGACCUCAUCGAUAGGAAAGUGAUUGACGGUCACGUUAUUCCCAAUCGUGUCAUCUUUACAACUUCAGCGCCAUUGGAAACACCACAAACGACUUUGGCAUUCGAGGAUAACAUAAAAGUUUCUGUGAGUUUCUUCUCGCAGAAGGAGGGACCAAAUGCUCCAGCAAAAAUGUACGUAAAAUCAAAUACAAUUCUUGGCGAUUCGAAGCAUUCGACAGGAGUUGUACUCGCUGAAAUUGUUAAGGCAAAUAUUCCCGUGAAAAAUGGAGUUGUACAUUUAAUACAUCGUCCUUUGAUGGUUGUCGAUACAACCGUUACACAAUUUCUUAAGUCAUUUAAGAUUUACGGGGAUGUCAUACGCGGAAGUGAGUCUCCUUCAGCGAAGCCACAUGGACGUGAAAAAGAUGAUGGACCACUUUACAAAUUCUACGAAAUCAUCAUGGACUCCGGCGGCCAAUUCAUGGAAAUCAUCAAUAAUUUGACCGAUGUUACUAUUUUGGCCCCAAGCAAUGCAGCAUGGAUGGAUUCUACCGUUUACAAUGUUAUUGGAAACAAAACUAAAAUGAAGGAAAUUCUCAACUUGCACAUCAUCCGGGAUCGCCUCAACAUUGAGAAGAUUCGCCAAAGGAAUCAGAAUGCCAUCGCCCAAGUGCCUACGUAUGCAGACCGCAAAUAUUUGUACUUCAACAUAAUAACGAAUGGCGACGGGAACGAGACCGUAACCGUAGAGGGUGGUGGUGUUAAUGCAUCAAUCGUCCAGGGAGAUAUUGCCCAAACAAAUGGAUACAUUCAUAUAAUUGAUAGAGUGCUCGGCAUACCAUACACCACAGUCCUCGGAAAACUCAGUACGGAUCCAAUGAUGAACGCAACCUAUCUCCUGGGCGAGGCAGCAGGAUUUAAUGAACAACUAAACGACACAACAAAACGUUUUACGUACUUCGUGGCACGAGACAAGGCCUGGAAGAAGACUGAAACCGAAUUUCCGUCAACGCAUAAAAAGCUCUUUAUGCGAGAUUAUGUCUAUCACGCAAAAGCAAUCCUGCAACGACAUCUUGUGAUUUCUGAUCACGCUUAUACCAUGGGAGAGCUUAAGCAUUUGACCAACGACUCGAUGAUUCUGCCAACCGUUCGGGAUACGCUUAAGAUUCGCGUCAGAGAAGAUUCAAAUCCCGACGAUUUCAUGAAUCCUGACAAGCUGGGCUAUUCGAUUCUAUGGAACAAUCGAUGGAUAAGCGUCUAUCGUCCUGACGUUGAGUGUAUAAAUGGCAUAAUACACGUUAUCGACCAUCCAUUCCUUGAAGAGAAAGACGUUAAAGUAACAUCAGGUACAUCAGAUAUUCAAGUAGCUGUAAAUAUUUUAUUUGGAAACUUUUUCAUGAUUUUAAUAGCUAAACUCUUAUUAUAAAGUGUUUCUUCUAUUAUCAUUUAAAUAUUUAUCGAACGAUAAAUCGAUAGAACUAUUGUGUUUCCUACUGAUUAUUUCUUUUGAUAUGUUUGAUUCGAUAUUUGAGAAGUUUGUAUGAUUUUGUUAUUCUGUUCAUCCAUCUUCACUACAAACAUCAUCUGUCCCUUAAAUUUAAAUUAAAAUAAUUACAUUCGAAGUAAAACAGCAAAGAUUCUUUUUGGGUUCCAAGACAUAGUCAAAAUGAAGAAAACCGAAAUUUUGUUAGUGAACAAUAACAAAACAAACAAAUUCUUAGGUAUAUUGAAUUAUUCACUAAAUAAUUAUAUACAAUACAAUUAGAAUGAGAACAUACCAAAAGUUGAUAGAAUAACAGAUAGCAUAUGAAAGAUGGAGAGAAUAAAAUAAAAGAUUCACUAAUUGUGAGAAAAAAAGUAAUUUGAAAGUUUGAACGUGAAGAUAAGAUCAUGAAGCUUAAUGUAUUGAUAUAUAUAUACAUGAAUAUAUAUAUAAAUAAAUAUUUUAAGUUGUAAGAUCGAAAUACAUGAAUAUAUGUGAGUAAAUUUAUAUGAAAUUAUUUAUUUUCUUACUUUUAGUAACUAAAGUAUCUCACAUUGAAUGAAAUAUGUUGAUAAAAAGACAAGAAAAGUAUAAUAUAUACACUUUUAUUCGCCUUAAAACAUAUACUUUACAAUGUUUAUAGAAACAGUUACACUUUGUAUGAAACAGUUACAAUCGUUCUUUCAGGAAAUGGUAGUUCAGGAAAUGGUAGUUACUUUCAAUCUUAUCUUUUACUUCAAAUUAAAUAUAAACCACCACCACAGAAAUAUCAUAAAUAAAUUCUAUAAGUGUCACUUUUAUCAUUUAUAAAAUGAACUAUGUGACAAAAAUAAAUGUAAAUUUUUAAUUUAUUUUAAUUACUUUAUUUUUUGAGGAUUGACGAUUAAGUUUUUAUAUGUCACUACUAACGGACUUACAUUUUCGAAAUAUAUACCCGUUACCGAUUAAAUUCUAUUGAUUAUAUUUAACCUCUGCAUUUUCAUCACUGCCAUCUUUUCGAUUCUGCUGACAAGAAAAAUAUUACUGAAAACCUAUGAAAAAGAGUGCUAACUGUUUCCGCUUACAAACAAAGAAAGACAAAAAAUAUACAUAUUUCACAAUUUUCACUUAUAAAUGCUGUUCUCACUGAAAACACCGUUAGUUUUUCUGAUAAUGUUUUUAAAUCUAGGAUAACUAACUAAAUAAAAAGAGUAAUCUAUAAUAAGCAAAAUUUAGAAAUCAUAUAAAUAUAUAAAAAUGUUAAGCUAGGAAAAAAGUAUAAAUGAAAAAAAAAAGAAAAUGUGAAAAACAAUAAGGGUAAAUUAAUUUCCUUUUAUAUAUAAUGAAGAAAAACAUAAAAUGAAGGCAUAUAUUAAAAAGAAACUAUAAAGUCUAUGUAAGAUAUAAAAUCAAAAGCAAAAUUCAUAGGCAAUAAUAUAUGAUAAACUAACAUGAAGUCUAUUAAAUUUGAACGAAAGAAAAAAAUCACUACAUUGAUCAACUGCAUAAAUCAUCCAAAAAAACGCAAAACUUCAUGCCCAAACUAAUUGCCCUUCGAAAUCGUAGAAUUUUACUAAAAGCGAAACAUGAAAAAAAUUAUUGAAUUAAUGUCAAACUGCCGAAAUGUCUAUAAAAUAAUUGAAAAUAGAAAACUGAAAGUGUAAACCAUACUAAUAAUCGUACCCUCUCUUGACUACCAUUCACAUCAAUCAACCCCAUUGGAAAUAUAUAAAUAAUAGUGUUAUUUUGUUGAAAUGCCGUCGCACGUACAUUUUGCAUCUUAAAUAUAUAAAAGUUGAAUUCAAUCACCAUAAGAGCUACUGUCACAUUUUUUUCAAAGUUUAAUUUCUAGUGUUUAUUAUGUAGAGAAUUUGUCUCAGAAAUAGUCUCAAGUAAUAUUGUUUAUUUUUUCUAAUUUAUUUUGUAUAUGUAUGAUUAAAGGACUUAAGAAAAAUAUGAAAAUUUGUUCCAUUUACUUCUAGUUAUCUAGUUUUUUGAGGUUCCAAAGUUUUAUUGUGUCACAUUUCAUUCAGAUUCAUGGAGAAUAAAGAGGCUUGUGGAGAAA